AUGCUUGAGCGAGACACUAAACAAAAACGUGUGCGUCAAGAGUGCGCGCGGCAAAUGGCUGAGGCGUCUUUAAGCAAAACAAAAAAACAACACUCGUUUGUUCGGCCGCUUGGUCGCGCCCGUGGCAGCGAGCGCGCUUUCCUUAGCCGAGGAACGUCCACACAGACUGAACAGCUUCGCGUGGCAAAUACUCCGAUGUUGCUCGCUCAGUGUGGACCCGGCUAUUAUUGUAGCAAUAUUGCAAAUAUUAUUAUAGAAAUGUCUAAAAUAAAGCGACAGUUUAAGAAUUUAUUUCAUCAAACUAUAUCCCAGUAA